AAAUAGUUUUGCUACCUAAAGAAAAGUAGCUUUGCUUGUUUCGCUGUCGGGACGAGAAAAGAAAAGCUUAGGGUUCAAUAUCCUUCACUCGCCAUGUCCGGAGUCGGAGAAGAAGAAGAGAACGCCGCCGAGCUCAAGAUCGGAGACGAGUUUUUGAAGGCAAAGUGUUUAAUGAACUGUGAAGUGUCUUUGAUCCUUGAGCACAAGUAUGAACAGCUUCAGCUGGUCUCCGAGGAUCCCAUGAACCAAGUCUCGCAAGUGUUUGAGAAGUCGUUGCAGUAUGUGAAGCGUUUUAGCCGCUACAAGAAUCCAGAUGCUGUUCGACAAGUUCGAGAAAUACUGAGUAGACAUCAACUCACUGAGUUUGAGCUCUGUGUCCUUGGCAAUCUCUGUCCUGAAACCGCUGAAGAAGCAGUGGCUAUGGUUCCUUCUCUUAAGACAAAAGGAAGAGCUCAUAGUGAUGAAGCAAUUGAGAAGAUGCUCAAUGAUCUCUCCCUGGUCAAGAGAUUCGAGUAGUGCAAAACAUUCUCAAGAUUAAAGAUUAUAAGCAUACAUCAGGGGGUGUCUUUUAGCUGAUGAUGUCUGGAUUUAAUUUUUCAUGUCUGAAAUUAUAAAGCUUUUAAGUAUCUCCGGAUAUUAUACCUUCAUGUUAAAUGAAUGUAAUUUACAAUGGAUGAUUAUGAAUGUAAUUUGCAAAGUAUGA